CGCAUUAUUCAAUUAACGAGCCCAACUUACAUCAUCCUUUGUGCCUACGACUGUACCUUUCUUGCCAAAGUUUAGAUUUUUUCCAGAUCUGAAUUCUGAACUUCAACAAAAAGUCAACACGAAUUCCCCAACUCCCAAAAUAGUUGUUUUCUUGAAUUAGGGUUCUAGCAUAUUAAAGGGAUCUAGUCUUUUCAAAAUUUUCUAUUUUUGCCGUGAAGUGGGUAAAAGGGUGCAUAUCCGAGCUGCCAAUGCAAUUUUGAUUCAUUGAAAUUGUGCGUUCUUUGUGGGAAUUGCGUUAAAGUUGAAGUCUUUGUGUGAACUCACCAAUGUCUUGGGCAGGCCCAGAGGAUAUUUACCUCUCAACUUCUCUUGCCAGCUAUCUUGACAGGAAACUCCUUGUAUUGCUGCGAGAUGGACGGAAAUUAUUGGGGACUCUCCGGUCUUUCGAUCAAUUUGCCAAUGCUGUUCUAGAAGGUGCGUGCGAGCGCGUUAUUGUUGGUGAUCUUUACUGUGACAUCCCAUUAGGUCUAUACAUAAUCCGUGGGGAAAACGUUGUGUUGAUUGGCGAACUGGAUCUGGAGAAAGAAGAACUUCCCCCACAUAUGACUCGCGUUUCUGUUGAUGAGAUAAAAAGGGCACAGAAAGCAGAAGAGGUGGCUUCUGAUCUUAAGGGUACUAUGAAAAAGCGGAUGGAUUUCCUUGAUAUGGAUUAAUGCGUAUCUCAGUGAUGUCAAUUCUUGGAGGUGAUGCUGAGCUUUCCGCAAAUAUUAUUGCGGUUGCAGCAUACUGGAAAUAUUUCUUGCUGGAAUGUCAUUUUGCAUCUGUCUCUUUUCUUUUGCACUUCACAGUUCACUGUACCAUCCAAAAAUUUAGUUCUACAAGAUAAAGAAAUAUAUAAUUAGUUCUUGUUUUGAUUAUGAUUUGUGCUUGUCUUCUUCACUGAUGCAUAGAACUGAGGGAGACUAUAUGGGAAAUCAAGUGGAGAUCAUUGUGGUACCAGUUUUAAUCAAGUUUCGACAGUGAAGUUGAGAUAAUCUACUUGUUUUCUCCACCGAAUAUACAAGUUAUCUUGCAGGAAUAUGAAGCAUUUAUAUUGACUUAUUAGUGUUUAAUUGACAUGUGUAUUAAAGAAUUUGGAUUCACUGUUUAGGAUUCAGUCAUAGACGUCACUUAAAUAGUGGUACGGAGUAUCAAGUUCUAUA